ACGCAUCCGUACGUAUUAAAGCGCUAGAAAGGCAGCUCAUCAUGUACUGAGAGCAUACCGAGCAGGCCGGCGCAUUCGUCAUGAAGGCUGCGCUGAUCAUCAUUUCCUUCGCGUUGCUAGCUCAAAGCGCAUCUGCGAAAGAGGAUCCAGCGCCAAUCCAGCAUGAGCCUUCACCGCUGAAAGCACAAGUGCGGCCCGGGCCGUGGCAGCAACACUGGCCUCGUCCCUGGCCUCAGCCGAAGCCAUGGCCCCAGCCCAAGCCUUGGCCUCAACCUUGGCCUCAACCACUCCCCGAACCGUGGCCUCAACCCAAACCAUGGCCACAGCCCUGGCCGCAACCCUGGCCUCGACCCUUGCCUCAUCCGGUCCCCGAGCCUCGGGUGCCAGGGAGACCCGUGUCCGCGAUUCGGACGCUCGUGGACAUGGAAGCCGCAGCAAACGACUUGCCCGAGACCACGUUCCGUCGUCGCCCAGUACUUCCCCGGCCUGGACGGCCCUGGUCCCCAACUUUCCCUAGGCCGCCAUGGAAAAACCAGGAAGACAGGCCUUACGCUUAGGCGCUGGAGUCAUCAAAACGCUGCCCACCGGCGCUCAAUAAAAACUGAACGGAGAUAUUGUGCAUUGUCUGUGCUGGUCUCCCACUUCACCGUAUU